AUGGGGACCAAAGCCCACAUGCUUAAGAGUCAUCCAAGAAUACGCAGAAUUUGUAGAGUAAUACCCCAAGAGGUUGUGAAACCAAAUACGAUGAUCGCAGGGCCAUUAUGGAGAAUGGGAAUUUUGCAGAUUUGGUCCCCCAUACCUCUUUGCCACCAUUCCAAUCUUCAUAUGGCCAAGAAUGAAUGGGGCAUGUCUGUCUACCCUCUCGUCCCUAGGCAUGAGAUUGUUGGUGAAGUGAUGGAGGUGGGAAGUAAGGUCCAAAAGUUCAACGUUGGAGACCAAGUUGGAGUUGGGUGUGUGGUAGGAUCAUGCCAUUCCUGCGAUAGCUGCAAAAACAAUCUUGAGAAUUACUGCCCCAAAUAUAUACUUAUCUAUGGGGCCGAGUACCACGAUGGAAGUAUUACAUACGGAGGCUACUCCAACACUAUGGUUGUUGAUGAACAUUUUAUCGUCCGCAUCCCUGACAACCUGCCUCUUGACAUCGCUGCUCCUCUGCUUUGUGCUGGGAUUAUAGUGUAUAGUCCGUUGAGAUAUUAUGGACUCGAUAAGCCUGGUUUGCAUGUUGGUGUGGUUGGACUGGGUGGAUUGGGACAUAUUGCAAUGAAAUUCGCCAAGGCAAUGGGGGCCAAAGUUACUGUGAUCAGCACAUCUCCUAGUAAGAAGAAGGAAGCUUUGGAAAAUAUUGGUGCUGAUUCCUUUUUGGUUAGCCGAGACCAAGAUCAGCUUCAGGUUUCAAUGAAAAUCCUCUACUCCAUCGUGUAUAGGGUGCUAGUGGCACAUCCUCUGUUCCCUUUGCUUGAGCUGCUGAAGUCUCACAAGAAACUUGUUCUUGUUGGCGAUCCAAAGAAACCACUUGAGUUGCCUGUGUUUCCUUUGCUACAAGGGAGGAAAGUCGUAGGAGGAAGCUUGAUUGGACGGAUGAAGGAGACUCAAGAGAUGAUUGAUUUCACAGCUAAACACAACGUAAAACCUGAUAUUGAAGUUAUAGCUAUGGAGUAUGUGAAUACGACCAUGGAACGCCUUCUCAAAGCUGAUGUUAAGUACCGAUUUGUCAUCGACAUUGGAAAUACAUUGAAGGCCACCACCUCUUAA